AUGAGAAGGAAGCUAAGAAAUGGAAAGGGGGCCCGCGCUGGGAUAUGCCCAGGCGCGGGCGAAAUCGCUGGAGCGCUGAGGCAGUCGCGCGCGGCUAAGUCCCCACUGCAAGGGCGGGCUAGCGGCGCGCGCCCGAAAACCGCCGGCGCCGGCGCGCUGAGGCACUCGCGCGCGCCUAAGUCCCCACCACAGGGGCCAGGCUAG